AUGUCUUCACAAACACCUCACGAGAUUGUGAUUGUCGGCGGCAACUUUGGCGGCGUCAAUGUCGCUCACUAUCUUUUGCGCAAUACCCUCCCGGCCCUCAAGAAAGCCCAGGCAGAAUUCACCUAUCACAUAACCCUGGUCACACCAAAUACGCACUUCUUCUUCAAAGUCGCGUCCCCACGCGCCAUCGUGAACCAAACUCAAGCUUCACACGACAAGAUUUUCAAGUCGCUCGCCGCAGCAUUCGAGCAGUACGAGCAUGGCGUCUUCACCCUUGUCCAAGGCAAAGCCACCGCCGUGAGGGAAUCCGAGAAAAGCGUGGCGGUGCAGACUGACGACGCAACAAAAGACGUCAAAUACGACUCGCUCAUCAUCGCAUCUGGGACAACAUCCGCCUCCCCUAUCUGGACCCUCCACGAUGACCACAAGAAAAGUGAGGCAGCCAUCACUGCCCUGCACGCCUCUCUCGCGACCGCGACAACUGUCUUGAUCGCCGGUGCAGGCCCCGUGGGCGUCGAGACAGCCGGCGAAAUCGCCGUCGCACACCCGAAGACUGAAAUCACCAUCCUCGCACCCGGCACAAGUCUGCUCCUCAGUCUUCCACCCGCGAUGGGCACCAAAGCGCAAAAAGCCCUCGAGAAACUGGGCGUCAACAUCCGACCCAACACGCGCCUUGAGACAGAAACGAACGGCGUCGUGAAGCUAAGUGAUGGCUCCACUGAAUCACCAGACGUCUUCAUCAACGCCACCGGCCCGCGCAUCAUCAACACGUCCUGGCUCCCCGAGACCUGGCUCGACGGCAAAUCACACGUCGCGACGCGCGACGCCUACUUCCGCGUCUCGAAUGCCUCAAACGUAUACGUGAUCGGCGACGUCGUGUCCGGGAGCCACAAAACGGCCAUUGAACUCGACGCCAUGACGCCCACCGUUGCAUCUAGCGUUGGCGUCGACAUUGCCAAGGGCCUCGGAAUUACUGAGCCACAGCCUGGGUUUCUGGGUGCCUUGAAUCCGUUCGCGGCGGCCUCGCCUCUAAGCCAGAAGGAAUACAAGCCGAUGAAAGACACGAUUGUCAUUCCGGUGGGCCCGGGAGGUGGAGUGGGACAGGUUAUGGGCUUUGCGAUGCCGAGUUUUGUGGUGAAGAAGGGGAAGGCGGAGAACUUUUUGAUGGAGUUGAUUGAGCCGAGUGUGAGUGGGGAGAAGUGGAAAGGAAAAUGA